GGGAGAGGGCCAGCUCAGCUCAGCAACUGGCCAAAAGCUCAGCAACCGUCCCCAGCCGCAACCUCUGCAGCCACCAUGGUGCACUGGACCGCCGAAGAGAAACAGCUCAUCACUUCACACUGGAGCAAAAUCGAUGUCGCCCAAAUGGGUGGCGAUGUCUUAGCCUGCAUGAUGGUGGUGUACCCCUGGACCCAGAGGUUCUUUCCUGACUUCGGGAACCUCUCCAGCCCCGCCGCCAUCUGUAGCAACGCCAAGGUCAGGGCGCAUGGCAAGAAGGUGUUAAUGUCCUUUGCAGAAGCCAUCAAGAACAUGGACAACAUCAAGGAGACCUUUGCCAAGCUGAGUGAACUGCAUUGUGUCAAGCUCCACGUGGACCCCGUGAACUUUAAGCUCCUGGGUGACGUCCUUAUGACCCUCCUGGCAGCCCACUUUGGGAAGGACUUCACUCCGGCCUGCCACGCUGCCUUCCAGAAGCUUGCGGGGGCCGUGGCCCAUGCCCUGGCCCGCCAGUACCGUUGAGCCAAUGUCACCUGGAGGGAGAAGCAGAUGCUGCCCGGUGCUCCCUUUGCCAGCCAUGCCUGGGGAGACCCUACCUGCCCUCCACUUUCCCCUCCCCCUGCGUGACAAAAUCAUCAUCAAAUAAAUGUCACCCCACUGCAAA